AUGGCGCCGCCGCUCCGCCUCGCCGCGCUCCUCCUCCUCGUCGUCUUCGUCACGGUCGCCGCCUCCGCCGCGCGCGCCGAUCUCGUCAUCUCCCGGGCGGAUCGGAAGGUUGAUUUGACUUCGCAUAUCGUCCGCAUCCUCACCUCGCUCAAGGUUGAAAAUGCCGGGUCAGAACCCGUCUCAAACGUUUUGCUUGCUUUCCCCAACAUCCAAGCAAAAAACCUGGCAGCAAUCCGUGCGUUCGGUACUGAGGGGAAAGUGAAGGGUCUGAGCACCAUUGUUCCGAUUGAAGUUGUUCAGCCUUCUGGAGCGCCUCCGGAACUGACAUUCUUUUCGGCGUCUUUGCACAAAGCUUUGGAGAAGGGGAGGAUUCUUCACCUGGAUGUCCUGACUGUGUUCACGCACUCUCUCCAGCCAUUCCCGGAAGAAAUCGGCCAGGCCGAUUCGCAGCUUGUUGUCUUCCAGGAUAGCUCUCACUACCUGUCGCCUUACCCUGUUAAGGUGCAGACACUUAGUAUCAGAUUGCCUGGUGGAAGGGUUGAGUCGUACACGAAGCAUGCAAACACUAAACUUGUGGACUCCGAGCUGAAAUAUGGACCAUACGAAGAUCUUGCCCCGUUCUCCUACAACCCCAUGAUUGUGCACUUUGAGAACAACAACCCGUUUGCAGUCGCAAAGGAACUUGUAAGGGAGAUAGAGAUAUCUCAUUGGGGGAACGUACAGAUUACGGAGCAUUACAACGUUGUUCAUGGUGGUGCCAGACUGAAGGGUGAAUUCUCCAGGCUUGACUACCAGUCUAGACCUUACGUAAGAGGGGUUUCAUCAUUUAGGCAUCUUGUUGCUAAAUUGCCUCCAAGGGCCCACUCUAUUUAUUUCAGAGAUGAAAUCGGUAACAUUUCAACAUCACACUUGUGGAGUGAUGCUAAGAAGACCCAGCUGGAAAUCGAACCAAGGUUUCCCUUAUUUGGUGGUUGGCAAACAACCUUUACCAUCGGUUAUGGUUUACCUCUUCAAGACUUUGUUUUCACUUCUGAUGGAAAGAGAUUUCUCAAUAUCACAUUUGGCUCUCCCAUGGAGGAAAUUCUCAUAGAAAAGCUUAUCGUAAAGGUUGUUCUACCUGAAGGUUCAAAGGAUAUUGAUGUGUCGGCUCCAUUUCCAACAAACCAACGGCAAGAGGUGAAGUAUUCACACCUUGAUAUUGCUGGGAGGCCAGUGCUUGUCUUGGAGAAACCCGAUGUCAUUCCAGAGCAUAACUUACAUUUCCAGGUGUACUACAAAUUCAAUAACAUCUCGCUAUUCAUAGAGCCGAUGAUGUUGAUUAUUGGCUUCUUCCUCCUGUUCGUUGCCUGUAUUGCUUACAUGCACACUGACAUGUCAAUUUCUAAAAGCUCUCCUUCUUAUCUGGCAAAGCUGCAAUGGGAUGAGGUGCAAGCUACUGUCCAGCAAAUUCAGGGCAUCUUUGACCAGUGCUUAGCAGUUCAUGAUAAACUAGAGACCUCAUUGCACGAUUUGUCUAGGACAGGAGAUACUAAGUCUUGCAAAGCAGCUCGUAAAGCUGCUGAUGCACAGUUCAAGGAAUUAGCAAAAGAGCUGAAACCACUGUUGAUGUCUGUACAGUCGUCCCCUCAGUCUUAUCAGAUAUGGCCAAAGUUGGAGGACUUGGUUGCAAAGGAGAGGGAGAUGCAGGAUAAGCUCAUGGCAAGGCAUUCCACCGUGGUUGACAGUUUCGAGAAGAAGCUACGUGGGCAAGAUAUAGAGAACCGGAUUGCUUCCCAGCAGCAGAAAAUUGCUGCGCUGAGGCAAGAGGUUGAGUCUCUCUUAGAGUACCUUAGCGAGAUAUGAGCAAAUCUGGUGUCAUCUUAUAUCAUUAGUGAUUAGACUGAAGACCACCUAAGCUUUAUUUUGUUGAAUCUAUAUAUACUCUUAGAUGUUGUGUUUGGUAAAUGAUAACCCAUCAUCCUAGUUCGUGAGACUUGGAUUUGAAAAGGCCAUGUAACAUGAUAAGCACGGUAACCUUUUUGGAACUGCUUUAAA